CCAGCAGCAGCACCGCCGCCACCGCCCACCUUCUGCCGCCGAGACCACAGACACUUUCUCUUCUGCUUUCCUCUACUGUCCUCGCCCUCUGUCGACUAUCAGGUGGGUCUUGAACCAGGAUGGCUGAGCCCCGCCAGGAGUUCAACAUGAUGGAAGAUCAUGCUGGGACCUACGGGCUCGGGGACAGGAAAGAGCUCCCCUCUCAGGGGGGCUACACCCUGCUGCAAGACCACGAGGGUGACGCGGACCACAGCCUGAAAGAAUCUCCCCUGCGGACCCCCGCGGAUGACCGAUCCGAGGAACCGGGCUCUGAAACCCCUGAUGCUAAGAGCACUCCGACGGCCGAAGAUGUGACAGCGCCCUUAGUGGAUGAGGGAGCCCCCAGCAAGCAGGUGGCCGCUCAGCCCCACAUGGAGAUCCCAGAAGGAACCACAGCUGAAGAAGCAGGCGUCGGAGACACCCCCAGCCUGGAAGACCAAGCUGCUGGACAUGUGACUCAAGAGGAGCUGAGAGUUCCCGGUCAGCAGAGGGAGGUGCCGGAGAGGCCGCUGGUCUCGGGGCUUAGCUCUCAGGUUCGGCCUGGGCACGGCAGAGAAGCUUCUGGGGUCUCCACGCUGCCUCUGGGAGAGAAACAGCCAGAAGGUCCUGUCCUAGUCUCUCACCGUUCUCAGCAUCAUCCCAUCUGCCAACCGCCCCCUCCAACUGGAGGCCUUCAGGAGCCCCACCAGGAGUGGGGACCAGAACAAGGGGACCGGGCCGAGGAGGAGCUGGCUCUCCCAAAGCCCACGCCCCCUGGAUAUCUGCAGACAGAUGUGGUCCAGGAAAGCGUCCUCAGAGAGCCGCAGCAUCAUGGAGACGCGGCCAUGGACCUGAGGACCCCGGGUCUGACCCGUCAGUACAGGUCCGACAUGCCUGGGGCUCCCACGCCGCCUGAAGACCCCAGAGAAGCCACGUACCAGCCUCUGGGGACAGAACCUGAGGACACAAAGGGACGUCACCAUAGCCCGGGGCUGCUGGAGCACCAACUUUGGGGAAACCUGCACCAGGAGGGGUGCCUUCUGAAGGGGGACCAGGGCAAAGAGAGGCUGGGGGGUGAGGAGGUCGAUGAAGACCGAGACAUCGAUGAGUCCUCACCCCAGGACUCCCCUCCCUCCCAGGUCUCCCUAAGUCUGCAGAGCUCCCCAACCCAAGGUGGGCCAUCCCCCCAGACAGUUUCCAGAGAAGCGACUGGCACCCCCGGUUUCCCAGCUGAGGGUGCCAUCCCCCUCCCUGUCGAUUUCCUCUCCAAAGUGUACACAGAGCCCCAGGUCUCAGAGCCAGACGGGCCCAGCACAGGGCCCACGGCGGAAGGGCGCGACGGGCCCCCCGAGUUCACGUUCCACGUGGAAAUCAAAGCCAAUGUGCAGAAGGAACAGGGAGAUUCAGAGGCGGAUUUGGAAGGGGAUGUACUUCCAAGGGCCCCUGGAGAGGAUCAAGAGCCCCGGAGCCCCUCUGAGAGAGAGGACACAAAAAAGACUGACCUUCCAGAACCAUCUGAAAAGCAGCCUGCACCUGGUCUGCCAGGGAAGCCCGUCAGCCGGGUCCCUCAACUCAGAGCUCGCAUGGUCAGUAAAGGCAGAGAUGGGGCCGGAAACGAUGACAAGAAGACCAAGACGUCCACACCUUCCUCUGCUAGAACCCUGAACAGUAGGCCUUGCCUUAGCCCCAAACGCCCCAGCCCUGGUAGCUCAGACCCUUUGAUCAAACCCUCCAGCCCUGCCGUGUGCCCAGAGCCACCCUCCUCUCCAGAACACGUCUCUCCUGUCACACCCCGAACUGGCGGUUCUGGAGCAAAGGAGAUGAAAGUCAAGGGGGCGGAUACUAAAACCGGAACGAAGAUAGCCACACCCCGGGGAGCAGCCCCUCCAGGCCAGAAAGGCCCGGCCAAUGCCACCAGGAUUCCAGCAAAAACCACACCGUCCCCGAAGACCCCGCCAGCUACCAAGCAAGUGCAGAGAAAACCACCCCCUGCUGGGGCAAAAUCUGAGAGAGGUGAAUCUGGGAAAUCUGGGGAUCGAAGUGGCUACAGCAGCCCUGGCUCCCCGGGCACUCCUGGCAGCCGCUCCCGCACCCCAUCCCUGCCAACCCCGCCCACCCGGGAGCCCAAGAAGGUGGCAGUGGUCCGCACUCCACCCAAGUCGCCGUCUUCAGCCAAGAGCCGCCUGCAGACUGCCCCGGUGCCCAUGCCAGACCUGAAGAACGUCAGGUCCAAGAUCGGCUCCACCGAAAACCUGAAGCACCAGCCGGGAGGCGGGAAGGUGCAGAUAAUUAAUAAGAAGCUGGAUCUUAGCAACGUCCAGUCCAAGUGUGGCUCAAAGGACAAUAUCAAACACGUGCCAGGAGGCGGCAGUGUGCAAAUAGUCUACAAACCAGUGGACCUGAGCAAAGUGACUUCCAAGUGUGGCUCCUUAGGCAACAUCCAUCAUAAGCCAGGCGGCGGCCAGGUGGAAGUCAAAUCUGAGAAGCUGGACUUCAAGGACAGAGUCCAGUCGAAGAUUGGGUCCCUGGAUAAUAUCACCCACGUCCCUGGCGGAGGGAAUAAAAAGAUCGAAACCCACAAGCUGACCUUCCGUGAGAACGCCAAAGCCAAGACGGACCACGGGGCGGAGAUCGUGUACAAGUCGCCCGUGGUGUCCGGGGACACGUCUCCGCGGCACCUCAGCAACGUGUCCUCGACGGGCAGCAUCGACAUGGUGGACUCGCCCCAGCUGGCCACGCUCGCCGACGAGGUGUCCGCCUCCCUGGCCAAGCAGGGUUUGUGAUCAGGCCCCCGGGGCGGUCAAUAAUCGUGGAGAGAAGAGAGUGAGAGUGUGGAAAAAAAAAGAAUAAUGACCUGGCCCCUCGCCCUCCGCCCUCCCCAGCUGCUCCUCACAGAUCGGAAUCGGGUCAUCACUUAACCUGCUUCUGUCGCUGGGCUCUGGCUCGGGACUUCAAAAUCAGUGAUGGGGAUACGAGCAAAUUUCCUCCUUCCAAAUUGACGGGUGGGCCAGAAAUAAUAAAAUAUUUUUAAAACACGUAAAGAUGGCCACACCCAACAUUUCCUUGGGCAGUUACGUUUGAUUCUUUUUUUUUCCCCUCUGAGGAGAAGAGGGAGACGGACAGGCUCUGAAAGGUGCUUCUGGGGAGUUUCAAGGGACUGGGGAUGUCACAGAGGCUGUGGCAACAAAACAGGAUUGGGUACCUGGU